UAAUCCGGCGCGGCACAGAACGCAACACGGCACCGUCAGCACCUCCUGCUUGUCGCCGUCCAACUUCCCCAUGAGGCCGCCCCUGAGGCUUGCCUCCUCGCCCCACUAGCAGCAGCCUCCUCGCCCCCGCUACGAUCUACCGGCCGCCCGCGUCCCCCGCUGCGCCGUCGCCGCCGCCGCCAUGUUGUUCGCGCGCCGCGACAUCGAGGCCGCGGGCGCGGGCGCCGGCCAGGACGACUCGCCGGCCGCCAAGAGGAGCAAGCCGGAGGCCGCCGCCGGGGCGCGCCCCACGCUGACGCGGACGGAAGCCCUCGCGGCCGCCGCGGUGCUCGCACUCUUCGUCGCCGGGAUCUUCUGCAUCUUCCUCGCCGCGCCCCGGCGCGAGUUCGGCCAGAUCCUCCGCCUCCCGCGCAGCCUCGCCGACGUACGCGUCCUCAAGGACAAUCUUGCUGUGUAUGCAAGAGAUCAUCAGGCAAAUUUUGUAUUGGGAUAUUGUUCCAUAUAUAUCUUCAUGCAGACAUUUAUGAUCCCUGGAACAAUUUUCAUGUCUUUACUUGCCGGAGCUCUUUUUGGAGUGGUUAAAGGAGGCAUUUUGGUCGUUUUUACUGCCACAGCUGGGGCAUCAUCUUGCUAUUUUCUCUCCAAGUUGAUUGGCAGACCUUUGGUUAGCUGGUUGUGGCCUGAAAGACUGAGAUAUUUCCAGUCGGAGAUUGCAAAGAGGAAAGAGAAGCUGUUGAAUUACAUGCUUUUUCUGCGAAUAACACCAACUUUACCCAACACCUUCAUAAAUAUGGCAUCACCUAUUGUCGACAUACCUUUCCAUAUUUUCUUUGCUGCAACACUAAUCGGUCUCAUCCCAGCGUCUUAUAUUACUGUAAAGGCUGGGAGAGCUCUAGGCGAUCUCAAAUCAGUUAGGGAAUUGUAUGACUUCAAAACACUAGUUGUUCUAUUCCUGAUUGGAUCUGUUGCUGUUGUCCCAACUAUCCUGAAAAGGAAGAGAACAUACGAAUGAUGCCUCACACCACAUCUAAAUACCGGCCCCGGGUGCUCCAGAGAGUGUAUUAGCAGUUUUUUGCCUUUCUUUUGUUUUUUUAUAUCUGUAUACGGUAUACCUAUUCAAUUCUAGCUGUAAAGAUGUAACAAUCUGAAUGAUCCCCUUAAUAAUAGAGGACGCUAUUACUGUA